AUGUCUUCCUCUGUGGAACUUCUUCGCGCCACUGUUCCAGUCCUUACUGAGAAACAAUGUUCCGAAUACGCAGGUGGACUUCAGAAACAGCAUAUUUGUGCCGGACAGUUAACCACAAAUGGUAAAACCACUUGUCAGUUUCCUAUUUUUCUUUCAUUAUCUUUUUUCUAUUCUUAUUUCCUUCUUUUGUCUCGUUUUCCUUCUUUUUUUUCUUUACGUUCUCCUUUUUCUCUUUGUUUUCUUGAUUCUUUAUCUUUUUAUUCCCUUUUCUCUUUUCUUAACUUUCUAUUAUUUCACUUUUUCCUUUUUUAUCUUGUUUCUUUUUUUCUUUUUCUUUCCUUUUUCUUCUUCCUUAUACUCGGUUCUUUACUUUACCUUCUCCAUUUCUCUCCUUUACAUUCUCUCUUUUUUCACUUCAUUUUUACUUUUUUUCUCUUUCUUUCUAUCAUCUACCUUUUGUUUUUAUUUGUCUUUCUUUUUUAUUUCUUUUCUCUUUCUUUUUUUCUUCUCUUUUGUUCUCGUUUUUUUAUUUUUCUUUUGCUUUCUAUUUCUCUUUUUUUAUAUUGUCUUUCCUUUUUUAAUUUCUCUUCUUUGUCUUCUUUCUCAUUUGUUUAUUUCUCCUUUUUCUUUCCUUUCACUCUUUACUUUUUCUUUUUUUUUCUUUGCUUUUUUAAUUUUUCACUUUCUUUUCAUUCUCUUCUUUUUCUCUUUUCUUUUCCAUUUUUCUUUGCGUUUUUUCUUUUUUUACCUUCGUUUUCCUCUAAUUUCUUACUUUUUUCUUUUUUACUUUGUUUUUCUUUUCGUUUCCUUUUUCUUUUUCCUGCUUUUGUUUUCCUGUUUCAUUUUUUCGGUUUAUUUUCAUUUUCAUUUUAUUAUCUUCUUUUUUGCGUUAUUCGUUUCCCUUUUUACUUUUCCUCUUUUUUUCUUUCUAUUUUUCACUUUCCUACUUCAUCUUUUCUUUCUUUUUUUCCUGAACGUUUUCUUUUUUUUCUCUUCUUUUUCUUUUCUUUUCUUUUCGCAUUUAGUUUUUCUAUGCCUUUUUUUGUUCUUUUUUCUGUUUCUAUUUUUCUUUUUGUUCUUGUUCUAUUUUUGUAA